GUACGGCUGCGGCUCUGCCUAGUCGGCUCUCAGUUCGGUGGUUUGCUUUUUCCUUUGGCUGAGUCGUUGCUGAUUCUCUGAUAGAAAGAUUGAAGGACACAUCUGCAUUUUUGUUUCAACGGAAAUUGGAAACAAAAUGGAGGACAAGAACAUACAGUGCAAUAGUGUGGUUGAUGGUAAUUUUGAAGAAGUUUCCAGGGAAAAAGUAAUUCAGUUUAAACCUCCAUUGUACAAACAACGUUACCAGUUUGUUAAAAAUUUAGUGGAUCAACAUGAACCCAAGAAGGUUGCAGACCUGGGAUGUGGUGACACUUCGCUCAUAAGACUGCUAAAAGUCUACCCAUGCAUUGAACUUCUUGUCGGAGUAGAUAUUGAUGAGGAUAAAUUACGAUGGAGAGGGGAUAAGUUAUCUCCCUUCAUGGGGGAUUUUCUGAAACCCCGGGAUCUGGAUUUGACUAUUACCUUGUAUCAUGGCUCUGCUGUGGAGAGAGACUCUCGUUUGCUUGGAUUCGACUUGAUAACAUGUAUUGAAUUAAUAGAACAUUUGGAUUCAGGUGAUCUGGCCAGAUUUCCUGAAGUGGUAUUUGGGUACCUGUCUCCAGCCAUGGUCGUCAUCAGCACACCAAACUCUGAAUUCAAUCCCCUGUUUCCUAUAGUGACCUUAAGAGAUUCAGAUCAUAAAUUUGAGUGGAACAGAAUGGAGUUUCAGACCUGGGCUCUAUGUGUGGCAAAUUGCUACAAUUACUCUGUGGAGUUUACUGGUGUGGGGGAACCACCAGCUGGAGCUGAGAGCGUCGGAUUCUGUACCCAGAUAGGCAUCUUCCGGAAAAAUGGAGGAAGGGCAACGGAAUCAUGUGUUUCAGAGCAGCACCACCAACAUGUUUAUAAAGCUGUUUUCACAACCUCAUACCCAAGUUUGAAACAGGAAAGAUUCCUCAGACUUGUGUUGGUUAACGAAGUGUCCCAACAAGUGGAAAGCUUGCGAGUGAGGUAUCUGCGAAGGCUGAAAGAACAGGACAGGGAAUCUGGUAAUGAGCCAAAAGACACUGGCUGCUCAGAAACCCACAUCCCAUGCUUUGGACCAGUCUUCACAGAGGAUGAAAAAGCCAGAAUAGAGAAGUCUCCCAAACCCUUCUGCGUUGGAGAUAAGUUUUUUGUACCCCUGCAAAGACUUCUUGCUUAUCCCAAGCUGAACCGCUUAUGUGCAGAGGAAGAGAUGAUGAGAUCAGUCAUUGCUGACUCAGUAGAUUUGAGUGUUGAUGGUUCUGCAGUGGUGGUUGACCUGCAUUAUUAUUCUGAUUAUGUGUUUGAUUUUUGAGCCAUCCUUAUUUCCUGAAAUUCAGGGUAUCAGUGAUAGUCAGGCUCACUUAGAAUUUAAUUUAAACUUUUUAUGUAGUCAUGAUACAAAUAACUUUCAAAAUUUUAACACCCAAGUCCAUGUCGCAAGCUGGUAGACAGAUAUGCUGGACAUAUAGCAAUGCUGCUGUAAACCUGAGAAAGGUGUUAGGGUUUAACUGAAAGUGGUGUGCUUUCCUUUGACAUUAGAAUUUUUCUUUGAUGUUUUCCCAGUGGUGAAAUUGGAUGUGGUAAUCUGUUAAUUUUGAACUUAUUUGUGCAUGUGUUAGAGCCAUGUGUUGAAUGUGACAUUAAAAAAAUAAUUAUCAAAUA